CAAGAUGGCGGUUGUGUCGCUGAACGUUUGCCAACGGCCACACAGCUUCACAAGAGGAAGAAGAAACGGAGCGUAGCUACUGAGCUAGCUCAACUGUAUUUAGUGAAAUAUGGCUGCUGUGCUCCCCGUCAGACCGCCGUGCGACAGCAACCCCGCUACCCCAGGAGCACAAUCCCUAAAGGGGGAUGUAACGGAGGAAGAGUCCAAUGAUGGAAGCCAGCUUCCCAAAAGACGGAGGAUGGGUUCAGGGGACAGCUCUCGGAGCUGCGACACCUCCAGCCAAGACCUCGGCCCUACAUAUUUCCCAGCAGAGAACCUGACAGAGUACAAGUGGCCGACAGAUGACACAGGAGAGUAUUACAUGCUGCAGGAGCAGGUCAGCGAGUAUCUGGGCGUCACAUCAUUCAAGAGAAAGUAUCCUGAUAUGGAAAGGAGAGACUUGUCCCACAAAGAGAAACUUUACCUGCGUGAACAGAACGUCAUCACUGAGACACAGUGCACUCUGGGUCUGACAGCUCUGCGGAGUGAUGAAGUGAUAGAUCUGAUGAUAAAGGAGUAUCCCCCCAAACACGCAGAGUAUUCAGUCAUCCUGCAGGAGCGAGAGCGACAGAGAAUAGCUAAAGAGUACUCUCAAAUGCAGCAGCAGAUUCCUCAGAAGGUCGAGGCCAGUAAGGUUCCUGAGUACAUUAAGAAAGCAGCUAAAAAAGCUGCAGAGUUCAACAGUAACUUCAACAGGGAGCGUAUGGAAGAGCGGAGAGCUUACUUUGACCUCCAGACACACAUCAUCCAGGUGCCUCAGGGAAGGUUCAAGGUGCUGGCUCCGGAGUUGACCAGGACAGGGCCCUACCCUGUGGCUCUUAUACCAGGACAGUUCCAAGACUACUACAAAAGGUACUCGCCCAAUGAGCUGCGAUACCUGCCACUGAACACAGCUCUGUUCGAACCGCCUCUGGACCCAGAGCUCCCUGCACUGGACUCCGAGCCCGACUCGGAUGACGCAGAGGAUGGCAAAGACGAAAAAAAGAACAAGAACUCAUCUGACAGUUCUUCAGGCAACACAUCAGACGUGGAGAGCCAGGAGGGAGGAGGUGGACAGGCCCAGAAGUCUAAGGGCAAAGACAGGACAUCCACCCCGGGCAAAGAUGGCAGCCAGCGCCUCUCAGCCUCCCACAAAGCCCCCCCAGGGUACAAGCCUAAGGUCAUUCCCAAUGCUAUAUGUGGCAUUUGCCAGAAGGGCAAAGAGGCCAACAAGAGAGGCAAACCAGAGGCUCUCAUUCACUGCUCCCAAUGUGAUAACAGUGGCCACCCGUCCUGCUUAGACAUGAGCAAGGAGCUGGUGUCUGUGAUCCAGACGUACCGCUGGCAGUGUAUGGAGUGUAAGACCUGCACCGUGUGCCAGCAGCCCCACCACGAGGACGAGAUGAUGUUCUGCGACAAAUGUGAUCGAGGAUACCACACAUUCUGCGUGGGCAUGGACUCUAUACCUACUGGGCUUUGGGUGUGUGAAGUGUGCGACAAAGAUUUCACCACACCCAAGAAGAAGGGAGGAGCCAAAACACCUAAGAAGUCCAAGUCAGCUAAAAAAUGAUCAACGGCAUCUUUGACCACAAAUAAACUGUUAUAUUUCAGCUGUAAUAAAAAGACCAGAUCAUUUGUCUAUCGCCAAAGCUAUAGGCACAGAUUUUGAUCCAAAAAAAUAAACAAACGUGUAGCCUCCCUACCAAAUACCAACAGUCAAACAUAAGAUCCUAACCUGCUUUUACUUUUAAUUGAUUGGCAGGUUUUUUUUUUAAUAAGCUAAUGCUCGAAAAGAAACAUGGGAUUUUCUGUGUAAACUGUGAUGGCUUCACUAAUGCAGACCUAAUUUCCCCUAUUCAAGCCAAACUUAAAUGUUUGUGAUUAGGGCUCAAAAACCCCCAGAUUAGGCAUUAACUUAAGCAUAGCUGUACUGUAACUGAUCCUCAUACAUUAUAUUAACAGGUAACUGUAAAACAAACUCAUCCAGAUGUACUGCACUAAAUCCUGCUAACUGCUAACCACUAACAGUAUCAGUGUUUUCUACGUCAUUAAACCAAUGAAUCUGAGUAGUUUCUUAACUGUUUGAUGGGAAAUUAUUUCAGUUGAAAUAAUGGUGCUUUUGACGCUGUACUACUGAAACAAUCAGGGUUAUCAAGAGCUUGCUGAUGUAAUUCAGUUUCUUUAAAAACAUUUCAAAUGUUUUUUGUGUCUCAUAAACUACCGUUUAAAAAACUUUUAUCGAAUGAGGCAGGCCAGUAAAGAGCAGUCUUAUUUAAACAAAAUUUUGUCUUGUGUAAUGACCUGAUGCUUGUGAGCUGUUGUAAUGGACGUUGGCUGUUUGACCUCAUGGCUGCUGCAGUUUUCAGGUAUUUGUGUGUCAACCUUGUUUCUCAAAAUUAAGUAUCUCAACUCUUCACUGUUGACAAAACCACUCAUUGUGAUAAUUCAGAAUUACAAUGGAACUGGCAUCUACCAGUUACAGUACGAUUAUUCAACUGAUGUUUUUGCAUUCACCUUAAAAUAUUAUUUUUUUAUUUUGUUUUUUCAAAUAAUUUUUUAUGUAGUUUGUGUUGCCUUGCAAUGAGAAGGUUGUUUAAGGAAUAUUUGUUGCUAAUAUUGUCAUAGUCACUGAAUUCUCUGGUGUUUUUUCCAAUAAAAGCUAUUAAAAAAAAGA